CAAAAGCAUGACAAUUACAUAUGUAAAUACAUGUACCUUGCAUUGUCUGCCAAAACCCGAGGUCAUUCUAGCAUUUGCUCAGGUGAAGAAAGCACAUCUUCAAAACUAUCCACAGCUCAUCAUGGACCCGAAUAUGGUAUUUGCUGAGAUGGAUCCAAACGGUGACGGCACAAUCGAGUCAUCGGAGAUCAAAACUUUCUUAGAACAGUGUGGCAUAAAUCCAUCGGAGAAACUUGUGCAGCGAGUGAAGAGUAAGUGUGACGCCAACAAUGAUGGGAAGCUGACAAAAGACGAGGCAGCCAGGAUCGGCGAGGUUGUCAAAGAGAUCGCCGAUCUCUCAAAGGUCUUCCUUGAUCAUGACCAGGAUCACAACUUCACCAUGUCCUUUGACGAGAUGAAAAAGAAGGCCUACACCUUCUACACCACCCAUGCUGACAAGUAUGGCAGCGGAAACACCAUGGAAGUGCUGAACUUCUGGGCCGGGGACAAAACCAAGGAGAUGACCGUGGGUGACUUCCUGGACAUCAUGUUUGAGGAUAGGCUCUAAACUGAUCCAUGAGAUCCAGUUGGCUCCAUAGAGAGGCUUAUUAUGGCCCUCAUAUGUUGAGCAGAAAAUACUGCAUGUAAAGCUUUGAGCAUUUUGAUGUUUUGGGCAACCAUUAUCCAACUUGCAUGACUUGCUUAGCCAACCAUUUACAGACUUACAUUGUAUCUGAUCGCAUAAUUACAGCUAAAAUAACACACAGAGUUACAUGUAGAUAUGCAGGGCUCACUGCACAAAUAGUGAUUAAUAUACACAGGAAAUCUACAAUGUAUACUGGCUGUAAC